CGGCCCGGUUGUCUCCCGCGGGCCCGUCUCUCGGCUCGCGCCUGAGGCGGCGGAAGGGACGGGGCUGGCUUCCCCUCGGGGAGGGGUUAGAGGCGCAGGCAUGGCGGCUACCGUGAGGCAGGAGCUGACCCAGCUCAUGAGCUCCAGCGGCUCCCACAAGGACCUGGCGGGGAAGUAUCGGCAGAUACUAGAAAAAGCUGUUCAGCUCUCAGGAGUAGACCAACUAGAGGCCUUAAAAGCCUUUGUAGAAGCAAUGGUGAAUGAAAAUGUCAGUUUAGUGAUUUCACGCCAGUUGCUGACUGACUUCUGUACCCAUCUUCCAAGCCUUCCUGAUAGCACAGCCAAAGAAAUCUAUCACUUCACCUUAGAAAAGAUCCAGCCCCGUGUAAUUUCAUUUGAGGAGCAGGUUGCUUCUAUAAGGCAGCAUCUUGCAUCAAUUUAUGAGAAAGAAGAAGACUGGCGGAAUGCAGCACAAGUUUUGGUGGGGAUUCCUUUGGAAACGGGACAAAAGCAAUAUAAUGUGGACUAUAAGCUGGAAACCUACCUGAAAAUUGCCCGUCUUUACCUGGAGGAUGAUGAUCCUGUUCAAGCGGAAGCCUAUAUCAACAGAGCAUCUCUUCUGCAGAAUGAAUCAACCAAUGAACAGUUGCAAAUCCAUUAUAAGGUGUGCUAUGCCCGUGUUCUGGACUAUAGAAGGAAGUUCAUUGAAGCUGCCCAGAGGUAUAAUGAGCUGUCUUACAAGAGUAUAGUCCAUGAAUCCGAGAGACUUGAAGCACUGAAACAUGCCUUACAUUGUACUAUUUUAGCAUCAGCAGGACAGCAGCGCUCCCGUAUGUUAGCCACUCUCUUCAAGGAUGAGAGGUGCCAGCAGCUUGCAGCCUAUGGAAUACUGGAGAAAAUGUAUCUGGACAGGAUUAUCAGAGGCAACCAGUUGCAAGAAUUUGCUGCAAUGCUCAUGCCACACCAAAAAGCAACAACAUCAGAUGGUUCUAGUAUUUUAGACAGAGCUGUCAUUGAACAUAAUUUAUUAUCUGCAAGCAAACUAUAUAACAACAUUACCUUUGAAGAACUUGGAGCAUUAUUAGAAAUUCCUGCAGCCAAGGCAGAAAAGAUAGCCUCUCAGAUGAUAACAGAGGGUCGCAUGAAUGGAUUUAUUGACCAGAUUGAUGGAAUAGUUCACUUUGAAACUCGUGAAGCCUUACCGACGUGGGACAAACAAAUUCAGUCACUUUGCUUCCAAGUUAACAAUCUUUUGGAGAAGAUUAGUCAGACUGCCCCAGAAUGGACAGCACAGGCUAUGGAAGCUCAGAUGGCUCAGUAGACUUUUUCCCUGUCCUUUGGUAAAAAAGAGGUCAUAUUCUCUAGACAUGUGAAGCAAGCAUGAGAAAUUGAACUGGCCUUUGGGUUGAUUUCUGCAAUUGUGCUGAAACUCCUUAAGAUUUUUCUUAAAGGUGUGUUAGCACAGCAUAGUAACUGUUUUAGAUGUCAUUUAAAAGUAACAUGAUGAAGUUGACACAGUGUAACUUCAGAGUAUUCCUCGAUAAAAAUUUAGGUUGCUUUGUGACCUUGUGAAUAUUUUUGUGUUGUGAAAACAGGUGGAUUUAGCUGCAUUUAUUUGAAUAAAAACAAGAUAGGAGUUAAUUGCA